CUCAACAUAAACAAAAAAACUAAUUUGCAAGUUCAUAAAAUUCUACAACUUAUAAAGUUCAAUCGAUUUUCGCAAUAUGAAUCCCAAUAUGAAUAUGCACGCUAUGCCACAGCAGCAAAUGGGUGGUGUUGGUAAUAUUCCUGGCGCUGUAGGACCACCAAAUCCCAUGAUGCAACAGGGAGUAUCACCAUUGAUGCAGUCGUCACCGCAACAACCUCCAGUAGGACAACAGAUGGUGCCUCAACAGCAACAAAUGGCUGGACAGAUGCCACAAAAUCCUCAAGGUCAACAACAACAACAGCAGCAUCCACAACAACCGGAGAAAAUUGAUAAUAUAUCAAAGGUUAAAAGCUUAUUUAUGCCUAUGAGGGAAUCUCUGUUAUUGACAUUUCGUGGAGCCGCUUUUACUCUGCAACAAAAUAACUUGGCAGAUAAUUUAAAGAGGGACACCGUCAUGAAUUCGGCCCGUUUCGACAAACAUUUGGAGGAAUUCUACUCUUAUUGCGAUCAGAUAGAAUUACACCUAAAAACUGCUAUGCAAUGCAUGCAACAAUUGUCCUCGGCCCAGCAUUAUUUGCCCGGCGCUGUUACAGCCUUGAGAACUGAGCCCUACAUGCAAGAUAAUCCUGCUGGACCUAUGCCAUAUCCUACUUUCUUGAAUACUGUACGGGUACACAUACAAUCAACAAAAGAUUUACGUGAUACUUUGAUUAGUGCUUCGCAAAAUAUAUCACAAGCUGAUUGAUGAUAAUUAAACAUGGAUUGAGGUUCUUGGAAUGUGAGAGAUAAAAAAGGAAAACAAUUCAUGGUGUUUAUUUCAUAAAACUGUAACAGUGAAAUAUACUUAAAUAAAAAUUAGAAACUUAUACCUAGUAAUUUAAAA